AUGCAACUCUUCGCGAAGAUUCCACUGACCUUCUUUGUCGUCGCGGUAUUUCUCGACUCCACACUCGCAGCGCCGAAACCAGAAGCUCAAUCAUAUUAUCCCCAGGAAAAUCAACGACAGAAGCCAUUGGAAUUGAACAAUCAGGAUAAGUAUGCUGUUGUCGGAGCUUCGAUCAAAGUGAGCGACGACGACGUGAACACGAAUAAAUAUUCGUCCGGCAACAAUUAUCGAUCACCACAGCAGCAACAAGAGCAGUAUCAAACCAGCACCAGCAAAUACGCUUCUUACACAAAACCCGAGAAGUACUCGAAGCCUGAACCUGCCUACGCAAAGCCUCAGCAAUCUUACAAUAAUAACAAGCCCGAGUCUUCUUACAACAAUAAUAAGCCCCAGCAUCAGCAGACUUCCUACAACAAGCCCGAACCUUCUUACAAAAAACCCGAACCAUCUUAUAACAAACCCGAACCAUCUUACAACAAACCUGAGCCUUCUUACAACAAACCCGAGCCCUCUUACAACAAACCCGAACCUUCCUACAACAAGCCCGAACCUUCCUACACCAAGUUCGAACCUUCUUACCCAUCCAAACCCGAAUCAUCCUACAACAGCUAUGAACCUUCUUACCCAUCCAAACCCGAAUCAUCCUACAACAGCCAUGAACCUUCCUAUGGAAAACCUGAACCUUCCUACGGAAAACCCGAACCUUCCUACGGAAAACCCGAACCUUCCUACGGAAAACCCGAGUCUUCCUACGAAAGACCUUCAACCUCUUACGAAAGACCCGAAGAAACUGUGAUUCCCAUGAGCAGCGAAGGAGACUUUAGCGAUUCAUCCAGCAGUGGUUCAGCAGGUCCAAUGAUGAGCAGCAGUUACUACAAAAAGGGCAACAACAACAAGAACAAGAAGCAACAUCCAACCAGAUUUGACCAAGGCAACCAUUACCAGCAGCAGCAGCAGCAAAACAGUUACGAUGAAGAAUCAGAAGACAGUUAUCCCAUGACGGGAUACUCCAAUAUGAAUAAUGGCGGCAACAAUAAGAAGAACUCUUACAAGCAGUCACAGAAGCCAAGCAAACAGCACAAGUACUAUGAAGUGUCUGAGGAACAAGAUGACGAUGACGAAUAUCCAUCGUACGAGAUGAUGAACAUGAUGAAACGACCUCAUCAUGAUGAUGACAACUCUCGGAGUAAUUGUUUUUUGGCUCAGUCGUAUUCCGUUUCAAGUUCUUUCCCGAGAACAUUUGUUGGACCCCUCGUAACCAUGAAACCGGGGAUAAAAUGGUGUGAAGAAAACUCUCACUUUUGUAUUCGCAACGGCGGAGUGAAGGUGAAAAGUAAUUGUUUUUUGGCUCAGUCGUAUUCCGUUUCAAGUUCUUUCCCGAGAACAUUUGUUGGACCCCUCGUAACCAUGAAACCGGGGAUGAAAUGGUGUGAAGAAAGCUCUCACUUUUGUAUUCGCAACGGCGGAGUGAAGGUGAAAGUGAGAGCAUCACCAGGCUGCGGAAGAAGACCCCAAAAGUAUGUUUCGCCCAGAUACGCUCUCUGA